AUGGCUUGCUGGUGGUUCUUUCAGACGAGGACGGUUGAAGUCGGCAACAUUUCGGAACUUGCAGGGGAGAGAGAGGUCGCCGAGUUCUUCUCCUUCUCCGGCGAGAUCGAGCGCGUCGAGAUUGUGCGACGGUAUAAAAGUCUCACUCACAGCGGGCCUUCUCUUCUCCUCAUCCUGUUUGCGGUCUGGGGGUUGUAAUCUCUUCCUUUUCUGUCAUCGGGGUGAAUUUUUGUGCCUCUGUGGCACUGUGCGGGGAUUUUUUGUGGUGAUUUUUUUUUAACAGAUCACAUGCCUCAUUGCCGACGGGGUAUCUGACGGGGUACUUUUGAUAAUUGUUUUUCCUCUCUGAUUUAUUAGCUACUUGCGUUUUAAAUCUUUGUUGCAAUGUGUUCGGUUAAGCUUCCUUGUUUAAAUGUGCAGUGACUUGGGGAAGUUGGGGACCGCGUUCGUCACCUUCAAAGAUCCCAAGGCCCUUGAAAUUGCAUUGCUUCUAUCGGUAUUUCCUCAACAUCCGCAGCAUUUAUUUCACCAUGGAUAGAUGUACUCAGCCUCCAGAAGAUAUCUUACAGAAUUGCAAUAAUAUGUGAGAUUUUUCAUUGACAACUAAAGCUGUUAUUGUCUAAACUCUCCUGUAACCGUGUUAUCAUCAAUUUGAUUCGUCAACUUUCGAGUAUCUAAGAAAACUAACGGGAUGAUGAAAGUUUAAGCUGUCGCCAGAAUGCUGGCUUUCCAUCAUUGGCCCUUUUGUGAUCAGGUUCAGAGUGACUGACUCGCCGUGAGCCUGGAGGGCUUAUUCAUUUGAGAAGAAUUAAAGCAUCUCCAUAUUAUUGGAAACCAUGGAAUUAGAAAUCGCGGAUGUUUUCUUGAGGGUUGUUUCUGCUUAGCCCCAAUGGGUAUCAGGUUAGUAGUUAUGGAGGUGAGCUGGAAGUGAAGUGGUGGUUUUAGUCAUGAGGGAACGAGGCCACUUGUGGGGAUGAGUUGCCCAUUGUUUUCUUUGGGACUCUAGACAGAGGAAUACAGAAAUCGAAGAAGGCAACUUCCCUAAAGCCAGGAUUCUCAUUUUGGAUAUUUAUCUUUCCAUUCUCUUCUUGUUGCCGUUGUUUAGUAACGUUUUCCUAUGAUCUUUGUAAAAGUGGCAGAUACCUGUACUUCUGGCCAACAUAGAAUUUCAGUACUCUUUCUAAAAUUCUUGCAGUAUUCUAAGGAGACAGGUUGUGAACUGAGAAUGAGGUAAGAUGGAUGCCUUUUUGUCGUGUCUAAAUAAGGAACAUUAUCGUGCACCGUGCAUGUCAUUUCAGAUUUAAGGAGAUUGGAACCUGUUAGUUUCUUGACAUUCCCGAGUGAGGAAGCAAGAUAUGCGACUGACUCUCUGAGAAGAAAGUCGUGGAAUUCCUUUGGGAUAUGGAUACCAAUUUGAGGGAUAACAGAGUGCCCAGUUCGAUUUACUUUUUUACUUUUUCCUUCUCUUUCAGGAAUUUUUGGCGUGCCAUUGGGUUUCAGUAUGCAUUUUUCAUCGAAAGGUUGGUCUUUACUGUGGAAUAAGAAACAGACAGAGUGUUUGGUUGUUUAGAAUCGGUCACUUUAUUUCAAGAGUUCAGGCGCCAAUGUCAGAGGAGAGGUGGAUGUAAAGGAUUGCUUUUUGGCUGCUGUUAGUCUCAUGUCUGUGUCUAUUCUAGGAAGAUACUUUGAGUUCGUGAAUGGAUUGCUACUUUCCAUUUCAGUUGUCGUUCAGUGUUCUGUCCUGAAGACACCUUCAUAUAACUUUCAGCGGUAAUUCUCUUUUCUGUGGAGGAUCAGCCAGUUUCUUUCUACGUAAGAUACAUUUAAGUGUUUGCUAAGGUGAACUACUUUUUGGUGCUAUGUCUCAGUAAUUUCUUGUGCUGGACACAUUUUUGAAAAGCUUUAUUUAAGCAUGCUUCGCCAGUUGAAGGCCAUAAUCCAGUUUUUGAAUAGGUCUGCAUUUUUUAAAACAGAAAAAAAAGAGUGCGAUGGUUGCUUGCAGAGGAAAGUGUUAAAAAAAAUCUUUAAUGGCCUAGGGAAUGACUCAUAACAUGUAGAGAGCGGUGGAUUCAGGAGGCAUGAAGAUCUUCUAUAAGCAUAUUAACUUGCUGACAAUUCAAAAGCCUUUACAUAGGUGCCCCCCAAAACCCCACCUUCUCCUUCCCCCAAAAAAUUAAAUAAACUAAAGAUAUAAGAAUGAAAACCUUGAUUUUGCAUCCCCUUUUUGUAGAGAGGUCUACCAGAUACCCUUCGCCAAGUCUCCUCUGUCUUUGACACUGCUGGGAACUAUUUUAUUGGUCGUCUGACUUCGGCUCUGGACUUUGACGCCUUUACUCUUCGUCAUUAAUGGAUGCCGAUAUAUGAUCCUUUGAGACGUGGACAUUACUGUCAGUUUCUGGCACAGGCUUGGCUGAAAACUGUUGACCUAGGGUCCGGUGUCUACACAGGUAUGUUCGUCGGGUCUCGUCAUGGCCAGAUGUCGGGAACAGCAAGAAUUAUUCCUGAAUCAAAUGAACAACAGCGCGUCAUAUAUAUUAGUUAAUAAAAAUGGAAGAUUUUACGGAUAUUUCCUACAGUAUGUACUUACUACUCUGUUCGUCCUUGGCCCACCUCAUGCAGGGUGCGACAAUAGUGGACCAGAUAGUGACUAUUAGUCACGCAGAGAACUACACACCAGAUGCUGCUGCGGUAUCAUUCUUCUCCCCAAUAAACUAAACUUUGUGAAAUUCGUGCUCUCAAGUCGGUGAUUUCAUCAAUUUUCACUGAAAUUCGUGCAGCAAGUGUUAGUGUCGUCGGACCAAGCAGUUGUUCCAACUCCCACUGCUGGGAGCACAUUCUCAAGCCCCGAGGUCUCUCACUCCCUCCCUCUUUAUUCUCUGCCUCGUAAUCCUCACUGCAGGCUUAAUGUGGUGACUGGCUGGCGGCUCUUGAUCCUCUUGCAGACUAAGAACAAUCCUCCCCUCGGUGGAAGAGUAUAUGUGAGCAAAGCUCAGGAUGUUGUUUCCUCUAUGCUCGCUAAGGGCUCGGCCAUCAGGCAGGACGCAGUGAACAAAGCCAAGUCGUUUGAUGAAAGGCAUCGCCUGACGGCCAAUGCAUCCGCCAAGGUCACUUCGUUCGACAGGCGGGUCGGUCUCACGGAGAAGAUCAACGUGGGCAUCUCAGUGGUCAACGAGAAGGUGAAGUCAGUGGACCAGAAACUGCAAGUCUCUGACAAGACAAUGGCGAUCUUGACGGUGGCAGAACAGAAGCUGAAUCACACGGGCACCGCCGUGAAGUCCCACAGGUAUCUUUAUUCAUUUUUCUCAUUCCCCCUAGAACCAAGCAGGUUGUUCAUUCUCUGCUGACCUUUGGCCAAUUCCUGCUCUUUGACCUACCCAUGGUGAAUUUUGACAAAGUGGGCCCUUCAAAACUGUCCGUUGACAGAGUGCUUUCUUUGGUUUAGAGAGAGAAUCAGAGGCACGGAGACUUCCCCGUGCUUUCAGUCUUACCAAAAGUAUGUGGGUCCGACGAGGAAACUCCUUCCUUUGACUUGUGAACUCUCUCCUCCGAUCUGCAGAUACGUAGCCGCCGGAACAGCCUGGCUGAAUGGCGCCUUCAGUAAAGUGGCCAAGGCCGGCCAUGUCGCGGGCACGAAGACCAGGGAGAAGCUUCAGGUCGCGGUGUCAAGUCUGACUGCAAAGGCGAGACUUAUGCUCCUCAUCACCUGCAUCUUUGACCCAAACCCAUCUGGUCAACUCUCAGGGUUUCCUCUGAUUAUACCGUCACUGUUUAAUCUUGGUCAACUUGCAGGAUCCACCCAUUGCCGCCUGAAACAAUGA